GCGGCGCCUCCUCGCCGCCUCCGGCCGCUGCGCUCCGGCGACCCGCACCCACCAUGGGCUCUUCGCGCGCGCCAUCCAGAUCUUGGCGCCGCCGGAUCCCGUCAGUCUCCACAAGCUCUCGGCACCCGACUGCGGGAGAGGGGGUAUUUUGCAAAACCUAUAGGGGGUAUUCUGCAGAAAUUUGGAUCGCUGCCAUUAAUAUCGAUCGGAAGGAGGGGCUGUUCCGCAAAAUAUGUUACCAUCGGAGCACUCGAUGGGUCGGGUCGCCGGCGGUCGGCACGGCACCCCUCUCCUCUCCGGCCGCCGCCAGGCACGGCCUCCUCCCGCGCGGCAGCUCCCUCUCGUGCUCUCAGGUCAGCGCCGCCAUCUCCUGACGCGGCGUGGGUGCCGAUCCCCCGCUUCGCUUUGUAUCUCCUCGGUUCCCGGCCGGGCGGAAUCGGCGACUCGGCGUGGCGUCGGCGAGGCCCUGGAACAGUGGAGCGGUACAAGGAGAAAUCGUAGAGCUGAGGCUGGAGCGUCCGGAGGUCAAGAACGCCAUCAACUGGGAAGCCAUGAGGCUGCUGCGGGGUGUGGUCGAGAAGGUUGAGGCUGACGACACCGUGAAGGUCGUCCUGGUCACGAGCUCCGUGCCUGGAGUUUUCUGCGCAGGCGCCGAUCUCAAGGAACGGAAACUAAUGAGCUCUUCUGGAGUUAGAGAAUAUGCAAAUUCCUUGAGAUCUACAUUCUCAUCCUUUGAGGCACUAUCUAUUCCAACAAUUGCUGUCAUUGAAGGAGCUGCUUUGGGUGGUGGGCUAGAACUGGCACUUUCAUGCGACCUGCGUAUAUGUGGAGAAAAUGCAACUCUUGGACUGCCAGAGACAGGACUUGCUAUCAUUCCUGGAGCUGGGGGCACACAGCGUCUUCCUAGGAUUGUUGGAAGGUCCAGAGCGAAGGAGAUGAUAUUCACCGGCCGUAGAUGUAAUGCAACUGAAGCUGUAAUGAUGGGACUCGCAAACUACUGCGUUCCAGCAGGGGAGGCUCAUGAAAAAGCCCUUGAACUUGCCCGCGAGAUAGCCCAGAAAGGGCCUCUGGGGAUAAGAAUGGCCAAGAAGGCCAUUGAUCAAGGGAUGCAGGCAGCAGACAUGCCGUCCGCGUUGGCCGUCGAAGGGGAGUGCUACGAGCAGCUGCUGCACACGGAGGAUCGCCUUGAGGGCCUAGCCGCAUUCGCCGAGAGGAGGAAACCUGUAUACUCAGGAAAGUAG